AAAAAAGAAAAAAAAAGAAAAGAAAAUAGGCGAACGGGGGCGUGGUUACAGGAGACGUCACGGACACAAAACGAGACCCUAUUGGUCGCUGAAGUCAACAGCGGAAGCGCUGUCCUCUUCCUCUCAUAUCCACCCAUACUGACACGCAUUCACCGGUCUCCGGCUCGCAGUUUAUGUUUGGCCGCUCGGUUGGUAACCUGUUCCAGAGAGUCCAGAGCUUCUUGAACCGGAGGUCACUAAUGACGAAGCCGAAUGUUGUCUUUGUUCUCGGCGGGCCCGGCGCCGGCAAAGGGACCCAGUGCUCCAAAAUUGUGGAGACCUACAGCUGCACUCAUUUGUCAGCUGGGGAUUUGCUCAGGGCAGAGCGAAGCAGGAAGGAUUCGACGGACGGGCAGCUCAUUGACACCUACAUCAAGGAGGGUAAAAUAGUGCCAGUGGAGAUCACCAUCAACUUACUCAGGAAGGCCAUGGAAAGCCAAAAGGAAGAUAAGAGCUACUUCCUUAUUGACGGUUUCCCCCGUAAUGAGGACAACCUUCAGGGAUGGAACCGGGUCAUGGACGGCCACGCCGACGUCAGAUUUGUGCUUUUCUUCGACUGCGGCAAUGAGGUUUGCAUAAACAGAUGUCUAGAACGGGGGAAAAGCAGUGGACGGACAGAUGACAACAGAGAGAGUUUGGAGAAAAGAAUCCAAACCUACCUGCAGUCUACACGACCCAUCGUCCAACUCUACGAGAAACAGGGGAAGGUGCGCACGGUAGACGCUUCUCGUUCUGUGGACGAGGUGUUUGCUGAUGUUAAAACCAUUCUAGACAAAGAAGGUUUUUUGAAGAAGUGAAAGCCAUCCUCGAAAAAGAAGCAAGAGUUUCUGUAAACUGCCAGGAACAUUCGUUUUCCUUUGAUCUUUUAUUUUCAUUUUUAUCACUUGCAGUUCUACUUGAUUACGUUUAUAUAUAUAUAUAUAUACUUAUGAGGUUUUGUUUACCUUUUGGUUUCUAUGUUUUUGUUUUGUUUUUGUAAAUGCUGUAAAUGUUGGUAUGAAUGGAAGGAGGAGAUGCAGCGGAGCUCAAAGCUCAGCGUCUCGUCUCAGCCUGAGGCUUCAGUUUGGAGCAGAUCGCUGGUGUGGAGAGGCUCUCUGUUUGUCAAAGACACUUAAAACUAAGAAUCAUUAAUGUCAUCAUCAUGUUGUAAGAAGCAACACUUAACCUUCAGACCAAAUGGUUGUGAUAAGAACCGCCCUUCUCUGAACAGCCAAUAAAAUUCUCUCAAUAAACUGAAUGAAACAUCUGUCUGCUGUUUGAGCAUUAGAGGUUUGCCAUGGCUUUAUUCUGAGACAACGUUCUGAUGAACAUGGGUAAAAAUGAAUGUUUUGUAAAACUUGAAUGCUGUUUUAGGAGAAUGAAUAAAGCUGCAAAGACAA